AAGUUUUUAGAACAAUGUAUAUUUAAAUAUUUGAGAGCCGAACCUGAAGAUCAUUUCUUUUUGUUGACCGAACCACCUCUCAACACGCCUGAAAAUCGAGAAUAUAUAGCCGAAAUAAUGUUUGAAUCAUUUAAUGUACCCGGAUUGUACAUUGCUGUUCAAGCAGUUUUAGCAUUGGCUGCUUCUUGGGCAACUCGUCCAGUCGAAGAGAGAACACUUACGGGGAUUGUUGUCGAUAGUGGUGAUGGUGUUACCCAUGUCAUUCCAGUGGCUGAAGGCUAUGUUAUUGGUAGUUGUAUCAAACACAUUCCGAUCGCCGGUAGAAACAUAACAUAUUUUAUACAAUCUCUUUUGAGAGAAAGAGAAGUCGGUAUUCCUCCAGAACAAUCUUUGGAAACAGCAAAAGCAAUUAAAGAAAGGUAUUGCUACAUUUGUCCAGACAUUGCCAAAGAAUUUGCCAAAUACGACACGGAUUCGGGUAAAUGGAUGAAAAAAUACGAGGGUAUAAAUUCUGUGACGAAAAAUCCAUUUAAUGUCGACGUAGGAUACGAAAGGUUUUUAGGACCUGAAAUUUUCUUUCAUCCCGAGUUUUCCAAUCCGGAUUUUACGACGCCGCUGUCGGAAAUUGUCGACACGGUAAUACAAAAUUGUCCGAUUGACGUGAGAAGACCUUUGUAUCGUAACAUCGUUCU